CAACUUGUAUAUAUAUUCAUGGGCAUACUUUGAACAUUGUACGUACGUGUUCUCGAUAUAUUUCCUUUUCGCCUUUUAAUCAAUGGAUAUGAAUUAAGCAUUUGUUGGUUGUUGUGGUUUGUAGUACAUGUGGUGUAGGCCUAUAUACAAAUGGUUUACUAUUGAGACUUUCCGCAUAAAACGCUCGUUCGCCCGAGUACAUAUAAUUACUGUACACACGAUCCCACAUAGGAGUGCAACUGGGUGACGAAAUGGCGAAUGAAACAAAUGUAUCAGAAGAUGACAUCAUCAGAAUCCAUGACAACCAUGGUAACACCAUGGAGUUUCUGGGGAGCGGGGGUCAGUACCUCAGCGCAAGCAGUGUCAGGUCGGGGAGGUACCCUAACCCCGUCACUAACAUCCCUAGGCUGAGAAAGAUGAACGUCAACGAAGAUGACAUCUUUCUCUGUGCAUAUCCAAAAGCAGGAACACAUUGGACCUGGGAAAUUAUGACCAUGCUUUUGCAACAGAGUGCUGAAUAUCACCCCCACGAAAAAGAAAGUCACAUGUACGAGUUCCAUAUUCCAGAGACUCUACAGGCUUUAGAGCCACCCCGUGUGUUUAACACCCACGUCCGACCAAAUAAUCUACCGGAACAGUUCUUUGAGAAACGAUGCAAAACUGUGUUUGUUCAGCGUAACCCAAAAGACACAGCAGUGUCAUUUUUUUACCAUUGUAAAAACUUGAUCCAAUUUGGUGGCACUUUUGAACAGUUUAUGGAUUUCUUUUUUAAAGAAGAUGAACCAGUGUAUCACUGCGCCUGGUACAAAUACACAUUAGAAUGGGAACAGUUCAUCAGAGAAAAUCCAGAUCAUCCUGUUCAUUGCAUCAUGUACGAGCAACUUCAACAGAAUGCAAUCGAAGAAAUCAAGCGUCUUGCCACCUUUUUGAAGACACCAUGUGACGAUAAACUGGCCAAAAUCAUUGCCGAGAAAUGCUCGUUUCAAAAUCUUAAAGACGCAACUUUAAAAGUCAAAAAAGGGGGGAAAAGCGAGACACUUUACAGAAAGGGAAUGGUCGGAGACUGGAAAACUCAUUUCACCGUCGCGCUUAACGAGAAGUUUGACCAGUAUUUACAGCGUCAUCCGACGACCUCGGUGUAUACGUAUGAUAUCUAGACUAGGACUACUUUACUGGGUGUCAGAUUAUAGAUACAUAAAUAAAAUGUUUGUCACUAAAAUAUAUGUCCAACAUAUCAGCAAUAUGCAAAGUGUAUCGCUAUUUCAUGUUCCGAUAUAUAUGUACAUCACAGAUAGUGAUUUUUUUGAAUCUUAAAUUCAGUUUAUUAUAAAUGUUUUUAAAUGUUCUUGUUAAUGUUUAAGAUAUACAUGUACAUUGUAUUGAAAAUUAAAUUUUGAAUAUUAAACAAUCUUGUA